CGCCGGGUUGCCGGAGGCCGCGCCAGCUUCCCCACUGCAGGCCCGCGCGGGCGCACAGGCCUCAGCGGGGAGGGAAUGGCCGCCUCACACCGAGCGGCGAAGCUGGCGGCCUCCAGUCUCCAAACCCCAGUAAAUCCCAGCACCGGAGCGCAGGUCGCCCAGUACGAACGCGAAGAGCCUUUAGAGGCUCUGGGGACGGAGGCCGUGGAGGAGGAGAAAGACGAAGAGGAGGAGAAGGCAGUGCGGCCGGCGCGGGCGCGGACUAAUUUUAACACUAACAUUUCCGAGGUGGAUGGACAAACACAUAUAAGUGGUGAGGACUUUGUGGACUUCUCUGAUGUUUACCACUCUAAUGAAGACUAUUUUAGGAAACUAGAAGAGCUGAAAGCUGCCCACUUGGAAACUAUGGCAAAAUUAGAGAAAAUGUACCAGAAUAAAUUAAAUUUAAAGGAAGUUCAGCCAGUGAUCAUCAGGGAAGAAGCUUCUAGUGUCUCUUCCAGGUCUGAAUCAGAAAAGAACUCCUCUCACCGUAUCUCAUUAAUGACAUCCUUUUCAGAGCCUGAUUUAGGGCAGUGUUCCUCCUUGAUUAUGUCUUCCUCUGAAGAUGAGUUGCCCAACUUAGAAAAAGAGUGUCCUGAGAAAAAGAGAGUGAUGAGCUAUGCUAAAGAACUGAUCAACAACAUGUGGACAAACUUCUCUGUUGAAGAUUAUAUUCAGUGUGGACAUGCUGACUUCCCAGUUGAAAAAACAAAGAAGAAACCAAGAGAAUGGGUACCAAAGAUUACAGUACCUGAACCUUUUCAGAUGAUGAUUAGGGAACAGAGGAAAAAAGAAGCAAACAUGAAAUCUAAGCCAGAUAUUGAAAUGGUACACCAACUGCUCAAAAAACAAGAGGAGGAAUCAGAGUGUAAGAAAAAAUUCCGAGCCAAUCCAGUUCCUGCAUUUGUCUUUUUCCCCCUUUAUCAUGACAUAGUCAAGCAAAAUGAAGAACGCAGGAGAUAUAUGAAGGAGAAAAACAAAGAAGCUCUUUUGGCCUCACAAAAGCCAUUUAAGUUUAUCGCAAGGGAGGAACAGAAGCAAGCAAUCCGGGAUAAGCAGAUGAGAGACUUGUUUAAGUCUAAAAAGAAAACAAAUAGAUUUAAGGCCAGACCUAUACCUCGGUCUACUUAUGGUUCGGUUACCAAUGGAAAGUUAGAAGAAGAGCCGUAUAGAAACAUUAGGAUGCAACUGAGAGCCCAAGAGCUUUUACAGAAUUCAUCCCCUCUGCCUCACAGAUCAGGUCACAGAAGUUGUGCUGCAAGGAAGCUCAAGGGUCCUGAACAGGCUGAAAAGUUGAAGUGUAAACACAACUUUAGGUGGCAAACUGCUGAUUUUGAAGACCUUCCCGAGAGAUAUCAGAAAUGCCUCUCGAAACAGAAGUUUUCAAAAUUCCUAACUGUCCGUAAACCAUCUGAUCUUCACGCAGCCUCCAAUGCAUCCACUCAGAGAGAGAAAAUUUUGGCAGACGUUGCAGCAGAUGAAGAACAUUUAAAAGAAACACGGGCUUAUCUGUCUCCAAGGCACAAGUCACCAGCAAGAAGUACAAGUGCAAAGCCUGUGCCUUGUCACUGCAACCCUCCAAUGCCCACAGUGUCUUCCAGAGGAAGAGAACAAGCCACAAGGAGAUCACUUGAGGAAAAGAAAAUGUUGGAAGAAGAGAGAAGUCGGAUCCUAACUAAGCAGAAGCAAAGGAUGAAAGAAUUGCAGAAACUCCUGAUGACCCGGGCUAAGGCUUAUGACUCACAUCAAAGUUUAGCUCAAAUGUCUAAAUCCAGAGUCAUGUCUCUCAGAAAGAGUGAAAAGGAAAGGAUGAGAGAAUACCAACGAGAACUAGAAGAGAGAGAAGAAAAAUUAAAAAACAGGCCGCUACUAUUUGAAAGAGUUGCUCAGAAAAAUGCAAGAAUGGCAGCAGAAAAGCAUUAUUCUAACACCCUAAAAGCAGUAGGACUAUCUGAUGAGUUUGUUUCAAAGAAAGGCCAAAGUAGAAAAAUAUUUGAGUACUUCAGCAAUCAAGAGAUGAAAAGUUUCACUGAAGAUAAAGAAAGCCUUAAUGAAGAAGAAAAAAUAGAAGAAGGAGAGAAUGGGGAAGAAAAUUAUUUUAUUGAUACCAACAGCCAGGAUUCUUACAAGGAAAAAGAGGAAGCUGAUGAAGAGAGUGGAGAGGAGAAAUCUGUCAAGGAGUAACAUGGAAUCAGUAGGGUCUCCUGUCUGAGCCCCUGCAGUCAAUUACAGCCUUGGGCAUUAGCAUCUAUGCUCGUGGUGUUCAGAACAUCAGUGGGAACCUUGUGAUAUGUACAGGGCUCUUGAGCAAAGUCAUGUGUAGCCUGAAAAGGCCAAAUCCAGCCAAAUGAAUGGUUUUUGGAUCAGUUAGAGUAAAGCUUUGGCUAUUCAGGUUUUUUAAUCGCUACAUAUAGUCUGUAACUUUGAUCUCACUUGUAUUUUUAAAAAGCAUUUGAGAAUCACAGCUGUCACAAACUGAUUAGUUAUAAAAAUAUAUGUUACUUCCUUAUUUGGGGUGGAAAAAAAUGGCUUAGCAUUGAGAGCAGAGAGAAGUAUUGGCUUUUGGUGAUUUGAAAACAUUUUUCUCGGAAGCCUGAAUCAAUAAAUAUCUUAAAAUUACACUAUUUGCCCAUUCUUUUCCUCUGCAAUACAUCUCACAAAAUGAAUCCUCACACUUGUUUUACUGGGUAUUUUAAGUCUUAUCUGAGCCAUUUUUUUAAAAAUAAUAAAAUACAGAAAAAAUACAUACUUGCAAAUUUGCAUACAUUUCUGCACUGAGAGUUUGCUGUUAAAUUAUCCACACUAUAUCAUUACUUUUUCUUUUUAUCCCUAGUCUUAUUCCAAAUUAUUUUUGAUGUGUAAAUUACUGGAAAAGUUUUUAUAUCAGUAUUUUUUUAAUUCUGUGUAUUAUGAUGGAAAUAAUUAUAAGCAUCUGAGUUAUAAUCUUAAUUGAAGGUAAAUAUCAACCCUGUUGUGUAUAUGAUGAAAUUGUGCAUAAUAACUUGUUCAAGGAAAAUCUCCAAAGAAAUUCAUAUUUAACUCCUUUUUAUUUUAUUAAAAAAAUAAUUUUUUAAAUGUCUUAUUUAUUUUUGAGAGAGCACAGUCAGGGAGGGGCAGAGACAAGGGGACAGAGGAUCUGAAGUGGGCUCUGUGCUGACAGCAGCGAACCAGAUGCGGGGCUUGAACUCACGAACCUUGAGAUCAUGACCUGAGCUGAAGUCGGACGCCCAACUGACUAAGCCACCCAGGUACCCCCAGAUUUUUUUAAAAAUAUUUUUUUAAUGUUUAUUUAUUUCUGAGACAGAGAGAGACAGAGCAUGAGUGGGGGAGGGGCAGAGAGAGAGAGGGAGACACAGAAUCCGAAACAGGCUCCAGGCUCUGAGCUGUCAGCACAGAGCCCGACGUGGGGCUUGAACUCACAGAUCGCAAGAUCAUGAUCUGAGCUGAAGCCGGACGCUCAACCAACUGAGCCAUCCAGGCGCCCCAAGGUACCCCCAGAUUUAACUCUUUAAUACUUGACCCAGUUGUUCUCAAAUUUAUAUACACAAUUGCAGACAUAUUUUGUCUUUCUGCAAUUAUGGUAAUUUGAGUUUAUGAAUCUAUCAUUUUUCCUCUCUAAGCAAAUUUUUGUUUUAAAACUUCAAACCAGACAUAAAGAUGUGAUAGGAUAAGACAUUUUCUUUUCUAAAAACAACCUCUUUUAAAGAGGAUGAACUAGGGGCGCCUGCAUGGCUCAGUGAGUAAAGCUUCCGACUUUGGCUCAGGUCAUGAUCUUGCACUCUGUGAGUUCAAGCCCUGUGUCAGGCUUUGCGCUGACAGCUCAGAGCCUGGAGCCUGCUUCAAAUUCUGUCUCCCUCUCUCUCUGCCCCUCCCCGACUCAUGCUCUGUCUCUCUGUCUCUCUCUCUUUCUCUCUCUGUCUCUCUCUCUUUCAAAAUUAAACAUUAAAAAAAAAUUUUUUUUUAAAGAUGAACUAAUUAAGGUGUAUAGAAUAGCAGUGAUUCCCAACUGGAAAUUUAUGCUUUUAAUUAAGAUAAAAGGUGAUUUUUCUCAAGGGCACAUGUUUACUUAUAAUCCCUUUCCUAUCAUUUGUUCCAAAACUAUUUGUCACUAUAAUUAGAUUGUAAACUCUUUGAGAGUUGGCACCAUUUUAAAAUUCAUUUUGUAUUCCUUUAAUAUUUUGUACAGGAUUGUGCAUAUGGUAAGCACUUAAUAAAGGCUUGAAUAAGUAGA